AUGAGGCUCCUACUGUUGUUACAACUGGGGGCAUGUGUGCUAAUAUCCACAACAGCUCGCAAUUUAAGUGAUGCAAAAGGCGAAAAGAGUGUUCAAGAUGUUGUCGCGGUAGUACCACCCACAGGCGGCGACGCAGUAGUAGCCGCAACUGUGGUAGACCAAGCUUCAGCUGGAACUGAACACAAGAAAGCUAAAGACAGCCACCACGAAGAAGGUGGCGGCCACGAACAUCACGCGCAUCACCACAAAGAGGAGGGAGAGAAGGGUGACAAGGGUUACAAGUCACAUCACCACCAUGACAAAGGAGAGCACGGGCAUCACGAAAAACAUCACCACGAAGGACACCACGAUGAACACGGUGGCCAUAAGAAAAAGCACCAUGAUGAACAUGAUCAUCACGGUGAACAUCAUGAGGCCGCACACGGACAUAAAGGUGGUAAAUUUGGUCACAAAAAGGGGCACAAAAAAGGUUCCAAAACUACCGGUUUCCACCACAAAUCGCACAAAGAUGAAUACCACAAGGAGCACAAGUUCUACGACGACUUCCAUAAGGGAGGACACCACCACAAGCAUGGGGACUUCCACGGGCAUCACGACAAGAAAGGAGGUCACCACAAGAAGGGAGGACACCACGAAAAGGGUCAUCACGAGAAACACCAUGGCAAAAAGGGUCAUCACGACAAAGGGCAUUACGACGAAGACCACAAAGGGCACAAGGGCCACCAUGGACACGAGGAACAUCAGGCCCACCACGAGGAACAUGGCAAGAAGGGCGGACACGCCGGCGGCAAGGAACAUGGAUACCAUCACGCAAAGAAGGCUUAAUUCUACAACAGUGGCAGAAUUUAUUUUACCUAGCCUUCUUGCUUAUUAUUUCUGUUUGAAACGAGUCAUUUUUUUAUAAUGGUAAUUUUUGUAAGUUAAUUAUUUAAUUUAAAAUUAGGUGGUACCUACUUAGCAUCUAAAUUUACAUUAGCAAAUACCUUAUUUAUUGGAUUUGCACAAGUUGUUAUACUUAACUACAGUGCAUCUUCCUUGGUGCACGCUUUGUUAUUGUUGUUGUUGCCUAAUGUUGAAAUAAUAAUGAAUUUAUAUUUAUGUUAUAUUUUCUUUUUUAUAUAUUCACUAGCUUACCGGCAGCGGCUUUGCCCGCUUGAUCCCUAGAGAACUGGUUAUUUGGAUAA